AUGUAUGAAAGACGUGUUGAAGAAGGAAUAAAAGGACAAAGUAGAAUAAGAGAAGAAAAUGAUAAUGAUGAUGAUGAUGAUGAUGAUAACGUUGAUGACAGUGAUGGUGGUGAUGGUGGCGUACAGGAAGGCUACGAUAGUGAUGGCGUUACUCGUAAUGGUAGCGAUGAUGAGGGAAAGGAAUACGGUGAUAAUGAUAAAAGUGAUAAUAGCGGUAGUGUCGGUGAGGAAGAGGAAGAAGAAGAGGAUGGAGAAAGCGAAUAUGAAGAUGAAGAUGAAGAAGAUGAAGAAAUCAAAAAAUUUCUUGAUAAUACACCACUACGUUCGGUGUUCUUCUACAUUGCAUUUGUUUUCUUAACUAUUUCUUUCUGUAUUCCAUCGCUUCCUCCACAACUGCACGUUUUUAUUUUUGGUUAUUAG